ACAUCAGGCAUCCAGAAGAGCUCUCCCUUUUGAGGAAACCCAGAGAUCCAUCAAAGAAAAAAAAGAAGAAGUUGGACGAUCAGUGUGAAGAUGACGCCUUUGAGCUGGAGGGUCCGCUGAUCACGCCGGGGUCCGGAAACAUAUAUUCCAGCCCAGGACUGUAUAGCAAAACCAUGACACCAACCUACGACGCUCACGACGGCAGUCCCCUGUCGCCCACGUCAGCCUGGUUCGGUGACAGCGCCUUGUCGGAGGGGAACCCGGGCAUCCUGGCCGUGAGCCAGCCCGUCACCUCCCCGGAGUCCUUAGCAAAAAUGUACAAGCCGCAGGCGCUGCUCGAUAAAGCCAAAAUCAACCAAGGAUGGCUGGAUUCGUCCCGAUCUCUUAUGGAGCAGGAGGUGAAAGAAAACGAAGCUUUGCUGCUCCGGUUCAAGUACUACAGCUUUUUUGACCUGAAUCCAAAGUACGACGCGAUCAGGAUCAACCAGCUGUACGAGCAGUCCAAGUGGGCAAUUCUGCUGGAGGAGAUCGAGUGCACGGAGGAAGAAAUGAUGAUGUUUGCGGCGCUGCAGUACCACAUCAAUAAGCUGUCCAUCAUGUCCUCGGAAAACCACCUGAACAACAGCGACAAGGAGGUGGACGAGGUAGAUGCUGCGCUGUCGGAUCUAGAGAUUACUCUGGAAGGUGGCAAAACGUCGACCAUCCUGGGUGACAUCACUUCCAUCCCGGAGCUCGCCGACUACAUCAAAGUCUUCAAGCCCAAGAAGCUGACGUUGAAAGGCUACAAGCCGUAUUGGUGCACCUUCAAAGAUACCUCUAUCUCCUGCUAUAAAAGCAAAGAGGAAUCCAACGGGACUCCUGCACACCAGAUGAACCUGAGAGGUGAGAGAAGCUGA